GACGCCGCUCUCCAGGCUGCCCUGUGGGAGCGUAAGGCUGCUUCGCACCGCGGCCGCUCUCAAGCAAGGAACAGUCUGGGGAGGAAGCAUGCCACGAUACACAGUGCAUGUCCGAGGAGAAUGGCUGGCAGUGCCGUGCCCACACUGCACGAACACGGUCGGAUGGCUGGGAAAGGAAGCUGUGAGGCGGUACAUAAAGAACAAACCUGAUAACGGCGGAUUAACAUCAGUGGAAGAAGUGAAGUUUUAUGUUCGGAGGUGCAAGGGUCUCGGCUUGCUGGAUCUUGAUGAUACAGUGGAGGAUGCCCUGGAGGACAAUGAGUUUGUUGAAGUUGUUAUUGAAGGAGAUAUAAUGUCUCCAGACUUCAUACCAUCUCAGCCAGAAGGAGUUCAUUUAUAUAGCAAAUAUCGAGAACCAGAACAGUAUAUCUCUUUAGAUGGCAACAGCUUAACAACGGAGGACUUGGUCAACUUAGGAAAAGGGCUCUACAAGAUAAAGCUCACACCUGAAGCUGAAGCUAAAGUCAAGCAAUCACGAGAAGUAAUUGAAAGGAUUGUAAAGGAACAGACGGUUGUUUACGGAAUCACCACAGGGUUUGGGAAGUUUGCCAGAACUGUCAUUCCAAACAGCAAACUGAUGGAGCUUCAAAUGAAUUUGGUUCGGUCGCAUUCUGCAGGUGUGGGGAAACCUUUAACCCCAGAGAGGUCUCGCAUGCUGCUGGCACUGAGGAUCAAUGUCCUAGCAAAGGGCUACAGUGGAAUAUCCCUAGAAACCCUCCAGCAAGUUAUUGAAGCAUUUAAUGCUUCCUGCCUGCCUUAUAUCCCUGAGAAGGGAACAGUUGGAGCCAGCGGAGACUUGGCCCCCCUCUCUCAUCUUGCACUGGGAUUAACAGGAGAGGGAAAGAUGUGGUCCCCAAAGAGUGGCUGGGCUGAUGCUAAAUAUGUCCUCGAAGCCCAUGGUCUGAAACCAAUUACCUUGAAACCAAAAGAGGGUCUGGCUCUCAUCAAUGGUACACAAAUGAUCACCUCGCUGGGAUGCGAAGCAGUUGAAAGAGCCAGUGCCAUUGCUAGGCAAGCAGACAUAGUCGCUGCCCUUACACUUGAAGUCCUGAAGGGUACAACUAAGGCCUUUGAUACUGAUAUCCAUGCUGUGCGUCCACACCGAGGCCAGGCUGAAGUGGCAUUUCGAUUCAGAUCCCUUCUGGAUUCUGACCAUCAUCCAUCAGAAAUAGCAGAGAGCCACCGAUUUUGUGACCGAGUUCAGGACGCAUACACAAUGCGCUGCUGCCCUCAGGUCCAUGGAGUAGUAAAUGAUACAAUUGCUUUCGUGAAGGACAUCAUGACAACUGAAAUCAAUAGCGCCACAGACAACCCUAUGGUGUUUGCUGAAAGAGCAGAGACCAUUUCUGGAGGAAAUUUUCACGGUGAAUACCCUGCAAAGGCUUUGGACUACUUGGCAAUCGGUGUGCACGAACUCGCUGCAAUUAGUGAACGAAGAAUCGAGAGGCUCUGCAACCCCUCGCUCAGUGAACUGCCGGCAUUUUUAGUCACGGAAGGAGGUCUGAACUCCGGCUUCAUGAUUGCACACUGCACAGCAGCUGCCCUGGUUUCAGAGAACAAAGCCUUGUGCCACCCUUCCUCUGUGGAUUCUCUGUCCACCAGCGCUGCUACAGAGGACCACGUGUCCAUGGGAGGAUGGUCUGCAAGAAAAGCAUUGAGAGUCAUUGAGCAUGUGGAACAAGUUCUGGCCAUAGAGCUGCUCGCCGCCUGCCAGGGCAUCGAAUUCCUACGCCCCCUGAAGACGACCACCCCAUUGGAGAAGGUCUACGACCUCGUGCGCUCGGUGGUGAGGCCUUGGAUGAAGGACCGCUUCAUGGCCCCGGACAUCGAAGCUGCUCACAGGCUGCUGGUGGAGCAGAAGGUGUGGGAAGUAGCUGAACCUUACAUUGAAAAAUACAGGAGAGAACACAUCCCUGAAUCCAGACCUGGUUCACCAACAGCCUUCUCCCUGGGAUCGCUGGAAAGGAAAACACGCAAUGGCCACAGCCACGAGCAUCACAAUGAACUGUAACAAUUGCUCUCCUCAGGUUCAGAGCAGACCCAGGACCUGUCCUGAGUGUGGCUGUUUCACCAAAACUCAAUGGCGUUUCUUCAGGUGGCCCAAAGGAACCAUUUGUCUCACUCAGGAGCACAUAGCAGUAGUAAAGAAAUGGCUCCCUAGUUCCUUCCCACGGGAAAGACAGCUUGGUCAUGAUAGUGUGGAUUUUACUGAACACCCUGAGCUUUCAAACACAAAACAUUCAGACUACCGCUGAAAUCAGUGGAUGUUUCACUCAGUGCCUUCUGUAUUUUUGUCAGCUCUUUGCUUGUAUUCUCCAUUUCUCUGCCAAAGAUAUUGAACAGCUGAUACUUGUUAUUCUCACCACUUUUUUUUUUUUUUUUCCUUUGGCUAACUGCUGCAGUACCCUUAAUUCUGCCAUGAGCAAAACUAUCUCAACAUUUAACCCUUCUCCCCUUUGUUCCUCCAGCACUGUGCACAUCUUAUGUGAGGUAUAUUCUUGUAUAACAAAAGCAUUUUGGAGGCAGGUGAUCACUGUUCCAGAACAAAAACAUUGCAUUCUGAUGAUGGACUACAUUCAAUGCAGCUUUCCAAGACCUAUGGGCUCACACCUGCAAUAAAUGCAGAGAGGCUUCACAUAUGGCCACAGCAAUGUGUUUUCCUGUCAUGAUGAAGGGCUUAAAAAGCAAAGGCUUAACUUAGAAAUAAGUAGCCCAGGUGGCAAAGAGACCUGCAAAGGGUACUGACUGUUUCUGGGAGAGAAGGAGGAAGAGGAGGAGGAGGUGUGGAAGUGGUGGACUACUCACUGGGCAUCUGCCUUGCUGCUGGCAGCCCUGUUCCACAUUGGAACUUGUGUUGUAACAUGCUCCGUGUUACAGCACUGACCUCUGGCACAGGCUCGGUGUGUUUUGCAAGAGAAGAGUCAGGACUUAGGUUUCCCAUCAUAGCACAGUGAUGACAUUUAAGGGCCAGUUAAAAAACAGCGGCCUUGGCAGUACUGACCUGAUGAUCACAGCCAUAGGGGAUCCAGUGUGCACUGGAAACCCUUCCAGGCCAUCAGCCAUGCUGCAAGGGGCAGCCAAAUUACUGGUGUGAGGCCACCCACGUGUGUCUUUGGGGCCUGUAGUGGGAAGUAUGUCACGAGCACGGGACUCACUCCCACUGGCAAGCCAGCAGGGAGACUUUGAACCCAGGCAGGAGAAAGCACAAUUUGUGCAGGGUCCUGCCCCUGCCCUGCAGAGAGCCAGGUGAUUUUUGGCCUGUCACUCCAAGUUACAAACAUGAGCGUGGUGAUGGGCCUGCAGCUCAGCACUAAGCAGACCUGGGAAUUAGGACAGCUCUAUGGUGCGUGAGGUCCCUCCUCUGGCCUCCCAUGUCUCUCCCCCCUGUGCCAAGUCUCUCUCCACCCUUUCAGCUGCAGACUCUGCAACAAGCUUGACUCAACCUCCUGCUGAAGCUCUUCCAUCUCACAGAAAGCCAGCUAUUAAUUAAAACCAGCUGUGAUGAUGACCUUACAAUACACAAGCCUGAUUGUUAUACAAUGAUCUGGUUGUUAUAACAUUUGCCCUCAGCCUCAAGGUAUGGCUAAAUAACACAGCUUCUCCAACAGCAAAACCAGCAACCCUAAACAGUUCCCCACUGGUUGCUGCUAUAACCUCACAUGUGGGAAACGGCACCCAAGCAGCAUGAAUGCAAGCAAAACCAAACAUGAAGAAAGACACAUGGCUUACUUUUUGUAUGUUAACAGAUGACCCCAUGGCUCAGGGAGAUCAGAAGGGCAUGAUAAAGCUCCUACCAGAACUGAGUCUGAGGCUACUGUUCCAUCACUGAGGGUCUGGUUUGCUAAUGGCUCUGUCCGCAGUCCAGUUCAGAUGCUAUUGUUGACAGUAUAUUUUUUAUGCAAAACUCUUCAAGCUUACCAAGUGUAGUUUAAUGAUUUUUUUCUUAAGAAAGGUAAGUGCUUUUUUAGCCACCAUCCAUUUGAAAAGUUAAAGAAAAGCCUCAGCCAGUGUGCACAGGGACGCUCCCUAUCCAAGAUUCUCUACUUAAAAACACUGUAACAGCUUAAAAUCCAGAGCUGUGUCAUCUUCUUUCUUCAUACCACAUCCC